AUGAGAAGGACGUCAUUCUGGCCAUCCCCGGCGAACGCGACACGGAAGAGAGAGAGGAAGACGGACUGGAUGGAGUGCACUGGCUGCGAAUGUACAGUGAGUGAGGACUGCCUCACUCGACUCGAUCGAGUCCUUCCCUGCAGGCAGGCUGUCUCUUCUCUGUCUCUCUGUUUUGUCUGUCUCUCCCUCUUUGGUCUUUCGACCCUUGCCGGUUUUUUGCCUCUUUUUUCUCUUCCUCAUUUCUUUAAAUCCUUCGUCCUCCCGUUUAUUUUUUUUUCUUCGGCUCCGGAACACCUCAAGUCAAGAUACACCUCGUCGAUCCUCUCGGGAAAUAAACUUCCUCCCUCCCCCUCUCUCUAUUUCCUCUUGGCUCUUCAGUACAUAAAGGCAUCAACACCGUCUCUAUGUCACUUGGAUACUUCGUCGUCUCAUCCUUUUAACUUUGUUCCACCACCACCCCCUGUGUCUUUUGUCGUCUCCGAGUCUUCCCACCUUCGACUCGCUGCUCGACAAACAGCUUCAGUCAAUCACCCAGUUAACAACGCCGGUCUCAGGGGCUUCUUCUCCGUCCAUCCCCGUUCCUUUUUCAUCAUGGCGCACGUGGUCUCGCAAGAUCCGGGUGCCCGCGAGCACGAUCUCGGCUUCGGCGUCAAGGGCGACGUCAAGGAUGGCUAUGCCACCCGUCCCUCCCGCUCCGACGAUGGCAGCGCCGACAACAUGCUCGAGCAGCUGGGCUACAAGCCCGAGCUCGAGCGCACCCGUUCGACGUUGCAGGUCGCCUUCAUGUCCUUCGUCCUCGCCUCCAUUCCCUACGGUCUUGCCACGACUAUGCUCUACCCCUUGGCUGGCGGUGGUCCCGUGAACAUCAUCUGGGGAUGGCUUGGAGUGUCUCUGAUCAUCAUCUGUGUCGCUGCCUCGCUCGGUGAAAUCACCAGUGUCUACCCUACUGCCGGAGGUGUCUACUACCAAGCCUUCAUGCUUGCGACUCCCAAGUACCGCCGUGUGGCCAGUUGGAUCUGCGGCUGGCUGUACGUGGUGGGCAACAUCACCAUCACCCUGGCCGUGAACUUUGGAACUGCCCUCUUCUUCGUCGCGUGCAUCAACGUCUUCGAGUCGGAGCCUGGUGUCGGCGUCCUCGCCGGCGAGCCGUACCAGGUGUUCCUAAUCUUCCUGGGCCUCACUUUCCUCUGCAACGCCGUUUCAUCGCUCGGCAACAAGUGGCUUCCAUUGCUUGAUACCGCCGCCAUCUUCUGGACCUUUGCUGGUGUCCUGGCCAUUGUCAUCUCUGUCCUCGUCGUUGCCAAGAACGGCCGCCACGAUGCCGCCUACGUCUUCACCCACUUCGAGGCCAACUCGGGAUGGACCGACGGAUGGUCUUUUAUGGUCGGUCUGCUCCACGCCGGAUAUGCCACGUCGUCGACGGGCAUGGUCAUCUCCAUGUGCGAAGAAGUCAAGAAGCCCGCUACCCAGGUCCCCAAGGCGCUCGUCCUGACCGUCUGCCUCAACACAUUGGCCGGUCUGCUCUUCCUCAUCCCCCUCGUCUUCGUCCUCCCGGACAUCACCUACCUCAUCAACCUGGCCAACGGCCAGCCCGUACCGGCCAUUAUCAAGGACGCCAUGGGCACCUCGGGCGGCGCCUUUGGCCUUCUCGUCCCUCUCAUGGUUCUCGCCGUCCUCUGCGGUAUCGGCUGCACCACGGCUGCGUCCCGGUGCACGUGGGCCUUUGCCCGUGAUGGCGCCAUUCCCGGAUCGCGUUGGUGGAAGGAGGUCAACCCCAAGCUGGAUGUGCCUAUGAACGCCAUGAUGCUCAGCAUGGUGGUCCAGAUCGUCCUCGGCCUCAUCUACUUUGGCUCCAGCGCCGCCUUUAACGCCUUUUCGGGCGUCGGUGUCAUCUCCCUGACGGCCUCGUACGCCAUCCCCAUCGCCAUCAGCCUGUUUGGCGGCCGCACCCACCUUGUCGGAAGCCCCUUCAACCUCGGCAAGUUUGGUGUUUUCGCCAACGUUGUUGCUCUCGCCUGGUCCGCCCUCGCGAUGCCUCUGUUCUGCAUGCCCACGUUCGUUCCCGCCACCCCCGCGACCAUCAACUACGCACCCGCCGUCUUUGUCGCCGCCUGUCUUAUUUCCGGUGGCUGGUACUUUGCCUGGGGCAAGAAGAACUACGCCGGCCCCCCGACCCAAGAGGACCCUGCCUUUUAA